AUGCAUUCUUGGUCUGUCGGUCUCGCGGCCUUUGCCCUGUGGCAAAGUGCAUCCGCGAAGGUUGAUAGCAAGGGCAACUUGGCUUUGGAGCCAUUGAAGCCUUCUGACCUGGGUCUACAUAAGAGAGAUACGCCACUAGUGAAUCUCCAACCUUCGGCGUCUGUCUUCUGGGGUGAACCAUCCAAUGUUUCUGAUCUGCUCGUCAAUGUUACCCUUGCAUCUGGACAAGAUGAACUUCUCAUCUCCACGGACUCUUUCUCUUCGGAACUGAGCAGUGUCUCCUGCCAGGACAACGAUCUUUCCCUGACCUUCACCAAUCAAGACACUUACAAUGCUGCGAUCAAAGAUUGGGACUGGGUUAACUUCGCGGACAACCACACAUUUGUCAUGAUCGUCAACUAUGGCGGGUGUGGUGAGGCCGAUGAACGCCAACCAUGGAUUGUCACUGGUGCAACUUACGAUGCUACCACCUUCAACGUGCAAUUCGCCGCUACCCAGAAGAGUUGGACUGAGAUUAACAACGAAAUGACAGUCGAGUGGGGUAGCUACAUCCAAGCAACCUCAGCCAGUGUGAACAAGCGUAUUACGUUCUCGAAGACCCUGAGCCACACAUUCGACCUGACCCACGACAUGGACACAACUCUGUUCAGCAAAGCAACCCAAUCUGGUCUCGACUUCAAUGUUGACUGCCAAAACUGCGGCACCAAAGGCAGCAUCGCCAUCUCAGGGAAGAUUUCGUACAAACUACUCGACGGCGUCCAAUCCUUGGAAAUCACGGCAACCCCCAGCAACAUCGAAUUUGACCUGGGUCUCGCCUUCGGCAUCUCAGGCAACCUGACCGACGACUGGAGCAAGUCCUUCAACAUCCUCAACACCGGCCUCCCCGGCUUCAGCAUCCCCGAAAUCCUCGAGGUCGGCCCCAUAUUCUCCAUCGACGCCGGCUUCGACCUCAAAGCCGUCCAGGGAAGCGCUAGCAUCUCCUCCGGCAUCACAGCCAAGAUUCCCAACUCCGCGACCGCUACCCUCGACAUCGUUGGGACUGAUGACAGCAGCUUUUCCGGCUGGGAGCCCACUAUAUCCACACUGCCCAUCGAGGUGUCCGCUGAAGUCGACGGCUCGCUCGAGCUCUUCACCUCUGUCGGCCUCGACAUUGGCGUCACGGCCUUCGGCGCCGGUUUCGGAGCGGGCUUCACCCUCAAGAUCCCAGACGUGACGCUCAACGUGGGCGCUGAGUUCGACAACCUGGGCGCGUGCGAGGGCCACAAUGAGACUUUCGGCGUCAAGUUCAGUGGCGGUGUUGGUGCUGACUUGAGCAUGAACGCUUACGCGGAAUCCAAGGACGUCAAGACACAGAAGUGGGAGAAGGAUUUGCUGAACAAGCCGGAUAUCUAUGCUUUCCCGAGUCAAUGUCUCCCGUUCGGGGCUGCGCCUUCGUCGCCCAUCAGUGUGUCGAGCACGUCGGUUGCGACGACAACCGCUCCCAGUUCCACCAGCUCAUCGGCGGCGAAGAGUAGCUCUGCAUCUGGCGCCCCCACUUCAUACGGAUCCAAGAACGCGACUGCGACGGCUAGUAGCUACAAUGGCCGUCUACGACGACAUGUGCUGUAUUGA